GAAUCAAGAGACAUGUCAAGUGCAAUCCUGAGACGAAACUCCAGCAAGCAAGGCUUGCAGAAUCUCCUAAGAGUGACAGCUCAGCGCAGCGUCGAAGACGCGGAGGAGAUCGAGAGAGAACGCAGGCGACGAGCCCGAGAGGUACUCCGGAAGGAACACAGCUUCACCGGAUCUGCCGGGUCCCCUCAGGACGGCGCAGGACCGAGUGAGGAGUGCCUCUACAAGAGAGACCUGAAACCCGGCAACACUGGCCUGCUGGACGAAGAUGAAGGCUUCAGUGACUGGACCCACCGAGCCCCAGACAAGGGCGUACGCGCGUGUCAGGACAGUCCCAGAGAGGCGGACGUGCAGGCGGAAAGGGCCGUGAAUGGAGCAGACAGAAGAGGGGAGAAGAUCACCUCCACCGCACCAAAUUGGCAACAUAAGGAAUCGCACACAGUCGAGGACGUGGAGGACCACUGGCAGGGGAGGAAGAGCAGUGAGAAAAGGAUGGAGUUUGGGAAGAGGACAAGCGGCCUUAGGGACAGAGAGGCAGAGGAAUGGAAGGCAGAGGUGACGAGGGUCAACAAGACACGCGAAGAGGAACCUGCACCAAAUACUGACGACAAGGUGAAGGAAAAGAGGAAGGACAUUAGGGUCUCAUAUACAUCUAAAGUUGUCCUGCAGCAAGACAGAGUGCCUGGUGCCUACAACAAGGGACCCGCUGGUGAGGAAGUGACAUCACAGCUGUUCAAAACCAGAGUGACAACAAGCAGGAUUGUGGGUCAGGCCCCAGAGCCAAGGGAGCAGGCGGAGGCUGGUCUGGAGACAGAACAGCGCCUGGAAAAGAUCCGUCGUAUUCACCAGGAGAGGGAGAGCCAGGAGCUGGAGCAGCUCCGUCAGCGGCAGGUGGAGGCAGAGGUGGAGCUGGAGGAGCUCAAGAGGAGAAGGGAGGAGCGGCGGAGGUUCCGUGAGGAAGAGGAACGCAAGAGGGAGGAGGAGGAGCAGCACAGGAUGGCUAAGGAGGAGGAGGAACGGAGGCAGAUGAAAGAAGACAUCGAGAGGAGAAGGAUGGAAGCUGCUGAAAGGAGACUGAAGACCCUGUCCACGUCCAGUCCGGACGGGGACGAAACUUUUAACCCUCUCAGUCCAAAAAGCUCCACUUUCAAGACAGAGCAUGAGGAGAGACUGACAGCUGAAAAUACAUGCUCGAUCACAGAGCGAACAGAGUCCUUGAAUCGCUCCUUAAAGAAAAGCAACAGUUUCAAGAAGACUCAGCCACCUGUACUCCUUUCAAAGAUUGAUGACAAACUGGAGCAGUACACUCAUGCUGUGGAGAGCUCCUCAAAAGAACCAAAGGCUACGAAGUCAGGGACGGCGGACGUGCCCAGCGUCCCUGAACUUGUGUCCGCCAAAAAGAACCUGUUUGAGGCAGGAGAGGCGUGGACGCUGAACGCAGCCAGAUGCACCCCAACAAAGGAAACUGAUGGUCUAAAGGUGGGCGUGGCUGACCUGAUCACUCAGUGGGUGAAAGGGAGUCCAGAAGGUGCCAACAGAAACAUGCCUGCCAAACCCUCCGAUGUUAAGGCAGGAGACGUUCUUCAAAAGAAGAACAUGUGGGAGAUCAUCGGAGAGGCAUCUGCCGCCGGCUGUACCAGCCCAGCAGGGAAGGGUACAUCUUCCAGCAAACGGUACAAGUUUGUUGUGACUGGCCAUGGCAAAUAUGAGAAGAUUUCCAUUGACGAUGACCAUUACAGUGACUAUUCAAAUGGAAAAUCAGGGGAUCUGUGCCAGAGCGACCUGUAGGGUCUGUUGCAUGCUACUGUGGUCUGGUUAUUUGGAUAACUUGCAAGAAUGUUUUCUUUAUUCCACAUAUCACAAUUGCAUGCAUAAAUGCCACAUGCAAACAAUGUCUAUCAACAGAUGAAAAGCAACAUGUUGGUUAAGGAGGGGCCAAAACCUUCAUAAUUUUAUACUAUUCAUCACUUAUGUAAUUGUAUUUGUAUGUCAUUUACCACAUGCUGUUUACUUCACGUUUUCUUACUUGUUCUUGCUUGUCCUUGGACUUUUUUUUUCAGACCACUACAUCAUAUUCUAAAGAGUCUUUGAUGAUUGAUUGGUUUGUCUUGUAUUAUUUGUUUAAUCUUGUCUUCAUUAUGCACCAUAUGUAAUGUUAAUCAAAGCUGAAAGUAUUGUUGCAAGGCCAUUGUUACAGUGAUGUAAAUAUGAGGCUAAAAAUGAAAAGAUCAUUGUAAUAUUUUGUAGUUGCAACAAACACCAAAGGAACCAAGGUUUGGAGUGCAUAGCCAGCAUAUUUCCAAAAGCAUUCUUAUUCCAUUUCAGGAGCAAAAGUAAACUUUUUGGAGUAAGAAUUAUAUAUGACUGUGUUUUUUAAAAAUAAAAAAGUGUGUACAAAAGCAGAAUCUUGUGAUUUCCUGCAAGCUGACUUUUCACUAGCAUUUGCUAACAGUGUAUUUAAUGGUUCAUGUGAUCUUAUAUUUUACACUGAAAAUAUGUCUGUUAACAGUCUGGUUGUUUCAGAUGUUCAAAAUUUGAGCUAGCAGUUUACAUAAGGUAGAGAACAGAGCAACAUUUUUAUACACAUGUACCUGUGCGCACACACACACACACACACACACACACACACUGACAGACACAAGUGUGUGUGUGUGUGCUAGAGAUUUAAGAUCAAAACCCUUUUAUAUUGUAUUCUUUGUUUUUUGUUAAAUAAACUGGAAAAUAUUUUUAAUUAUUAAACCCCUUAUUGUUA